AUGCCUAAUUUAAAAUUAUCAUCAUUAUCCAUACCGAUAAAUAAUAAUAACAACCAAAAUAAUCAAGAAUUUACAUUUCCCACCGAUCAUUUAAAAGCUCCACAUCGAGGAACUACACCACGAGAUUCAUCAGAUUACUUUGUAAAUUUUCAUCCUUCACAAUUACCACCAUCUUCACCAACUCAGCAACCACCACAAUCAAUACAAAGAAAAGCAUAUUAUAAAACUCAUCAUAAAUCAGUAAAUGAUUCAAUUGGUUCAAUAAUUUCAAAUACUUCAGAUUUAACAAUAUGUGAAUCAAAUAAUGGAAGCAUACCCAAAUUAAAUGCAUUAAAUACUUCACAAAAUAUAUUCAAGAACUCAACAGAUACUUUAGUGGAAGAUGAGAAAAUGCAAGAUAGUGAUUCUGUUCCAAUGUUUCAAUCAUUACAUUCUAUACCAACCCUCAAAAAACAAAUGACAAUGCCUAAUAUAAAGUUACUUAAUACAUCUUCAUCGUCUUCAUUUAUUGACUUUUCAUCAAUUAAUCAAAAUGUAAAAUUGGAACAAAGUAAGAGAAUCAAUUCAUUACCUGUUGUAGAUUACAAAUCGCAGAUUGAAAACUUAUCACCAAGAAUUAAAUAUGUCAACUUUGUUGAAAUUGAAUCUAGGAUGUCUAAUUUAGAUGAUUGUUUAAUCAUCGAUAUUCGUCCAUUUGUUGAAUUUGUUAAAAAUCAUUUAAUUUCAAGUUUAAAUAUAUGUCUACCUUCAACAUUAUUAAAAAGACCAAAUUUUUCAUUAAUUAAACUGAUUAAUUCAUUACCAGAAUAUGAACAAACUAAAUUCAAACAAUUUCUUGACAAAAAUUCACCAGAUUCAACUUUAAUAAUUUAUGACACAUUUCAAAAUAGUUUAAACUUAUUCUAUUAUCUUAGGAAAGUAGCAGUAGUUGAUAAUUUAAACUGUAACAUUUAUUUAAUUAGUGGUUCAUUAUUUGAAUUUCAAACAUCAUAUCCUCAAAUAUUCACCAACUCAACUAAAGAAACAACCUCAGAUACUUUAUUACCUCCAAUUAUAGUACCACCAUCUUCAAAAUCUCCAGUUUCGAUAUCUUCAAAUUCAUCUACUUCAUUAUCUAAUUUUCCAACAUCAAGUCCAAUGACAAUAAAUUCAUCAUCAACGCCUAUUUUAACAUCACAAUUUCAAUUGCCAAAGAGCAAUUCAAGCAACAUUAAUAAUCCAUUAAAUUGUCCACAUUUCAAAUUUAAAACGGAUGAUUUAUUAAAUGAGAUGGAUUAUAUGGAUCAAUGUAAUAAAUUCAAUUUAUACAAAUUGAACCACAUUCCAGCAGAUUUAUCAAACAUACCUAACUGGUUGACUAAUAAGAUACUUGCUCAUAAUGUUCCAUCAAUGCAACAACUCAAUUUAGAUUAUUAUAAUUUGGAAAAAUUAGAAAAGGAGAGAUUACACAAUGCAUUAAAUAAUAGAAAUGCAAUGUCUGAUGAAUAUCCAACGAUAAAUAAUGGGAUUGAAUAUGGUUCAAAGAAUAGAUAUAAGGAUAUCCUUUUGUAUAAUCACUCCAGAAUUAAUUUAAAUCAUAACAAAUCAGAUAUCAAUUCAUUUGAAAAUUACAUAAAUGCAUCAAUGUUGAGUAAUAGUUAUGUUGCAUCUCAAGCACCAUUACAAAACACAAUUGGAGAUUUUUACAGAAUGAUAACUAAUGAUCAAACCAAAGUCAUAAUUUCAUUAACUGAAUCAAUAGAAAAUGGAAUGCAAAAAUGUGUCAAAUUUUGGACUCCAGGUACUUAUCAAUCACAUACUGAUACAUUCACUACUUCAAUAAUUAACGAAGCAACUGUUCAUUCAACUAUAUUACGCAUCAUCAGAAUUGUAAAGAAUGGAAGUGAAGUAUUCUACACAUUCCAAAUUCAACUUUUAUCAUGGCUAGAUAUGGAGAGUUUAAAUAAUCCAGCCAACUUAUUGGAAAUAAUUCAAUUGAAACAAAGUUUAAUUGGUGAUGGACUUGCUCUUGUUCACUGCUCUGCUGGUUGUGGUAGAACAGGUACUUAUUGUGUUAUGGAUACCAUGAUAUCCAAGAUAAAACAUGGUAAUAAUAUUAAUGAAAAUACUAUAUUUACUAUUGCUAAUGAUUUUAGAAAACAACGUAUGAAUUUGAUUCAAAAUUGUAAACAAUUUUAUUUAAUUUAUGACGUUUUAUUGAUUUGGUAUAAUACUUUAGGAAAUGGAUUUGACGGUUUAAUUGAAUUGAAUAUUGUUAAUGAAUUUAAAAAAUAUAUAGAAUAUAAAUAA